AUGCCUACGCCAUUCCAGCAGAGCGCGUCACGUCUGCGGCCAGUCCAUCUGCUGCGUGCCCUGCUGCGUGAGGCGUCGUACCUGCCCGAUGCCAUAGCCCGCACCUACUUCCGCCGCUACAUUGUCAGCCGAUUCAAGGCGUAUCAGCCCAAGCAAAAUGCGACGGCUUCCUUCGACGUCCAGGCCGUUGAGAAGUACAAGCACAGGAGCUUCAAAAGGCGGCAGAUGGCGAUCAUCAAUGAGCGCACACGACCAAUGCUGAGGAAGGGGCAGAAGGGCCUGAACUUCCUGCGGCGGGCCAACCUGGGCGAGAUACCAUGUCUGCAGAAGGUGCUGUUCUUCGCCUAUGGGCGCAUGGGAAGGAGGAAGUACAUCUUGCUGGAGAGGUUGCUGACGCCAGACCAUGUCAUGGACGGCGGCGCACUCGCAACGCCCGUCGACCCAGGGCAGGCACCGCUGCAGAAGCUCUAUUACAGCAACAAGCGCUGUCUGCAGUAUUUCGAUGCGCCCAAAGCCGCCUCCAAGACCGAGUACACCAUCAACAUCUCUAGCCGCUACUCCCGAUUGCGCGCCGUCCUCAAGUCGCAGUACCAGAAGGGCAUCUCCAUACACCGAGGGAUCAAGCGUCCAGCCAUGAAGACGCCUAUCAACAAUGCCUGGGAGCGACCCAUGCCGAUCAAGCGCGCCAUCAAUAAUGUCCGACGCUGGUAUGCCGAGACGAUGACGAGGAUACUUCCUCCACUACCGACGGAAGAGUGGGACAACAUAAAUGCCAUGGUUGUUGGGGACCGAAAGAUCGAUUUGGUCAGACGGAGAGGUCGCGCUUCAGUAUUGAGUGCUGAGCCAGUCGUAGAAGACGACUUCUUCGCCCGCACAGUAGCGGAAGGCAUUGCCUUAGACAAACCCAGCCGGGCAGACAUGCCUGCAGGCGUGCAGCGACCGCAUACCAUCAACCCUAGGUUCAUGAAACGCAUGUAUACAAAACUCCUCACGCUCUGCUGCAAGGUCGAGUACGACGACGAGCAGAAGCGAUGGAAAGCAGUCUGGGGCGAACCUAUGAAGUACAUCAAACCCAGCCUCUACAACGUCCCUACAGAUGAAGCGCUCUUUGCGGGUGUUGAUGCUACAGGCAAAAUCCCGAAGACACCCAAGAAGCAUCUGCUGGAGAAAUCACAGCAUGUCCAGCCACGGAAUGCCGAGGGCGAAUACAUGCGUUUUCCCUUCUUUGCCGAACGGCUUCCAGAGGAGCACCCAAUACGCAGGGAAUUGGAUGAAUGGAAGAGGAAACGUGCUGCCGCGAGAGGACAAAAACGGGAAGUGUCGUAG